UUGGAUACAUUCGUGCAGGUAGAGUCAAACAAGACACAGAAAGCUAUGGAAGCUAUCACUAUGAUGACAAUAAUCGUAUUCGGGCUGACGAUGGCUGCAGCCCAGUCGUACCCAUCUUCCAAGGGAGCAAAUAAUCAAAAUAAUGUACAAGCCCAGAAGAGAGAGAUGACAUUGGCAACGCUAGACUUGGCACUUGGUCGUUCUACGCGUGCUUACACUGAUGUUGGCGGAAGCUGUGCAGCUGUAAAUGGAGACGGUAGUUCCUGCAGAGGGAAAUGCUGUGUCUCUGACAGUUCUUCUGUAUGCACCGAAGAUGCUCCAUGUUGUUCCCAGGACUAUGCCAUUCUGGAUCGCGUAUGCAAAGCCAAACCAGCCAAAGGAGCAAAUAAUCAAAAUAAUGUACAGGCCCAGAAGAGAGAGAUGACAUUGGCAACGUUAGACGUGGCACUUGGUCGUUCUACGCGUGCUUACACUGAUGUUGGCGGAAGCUGUACAUCUGUAAAUGGAGACGGUAGUUCCUGCAGAGGGAAAUGCUGUGUCUCUGACACUUCUUCUGUAUGCACCAAAGAUGCUCCAUGUUGUUCCCAAGACUAUGCCAUUCUGGAUCGUGUAUGCAAAGCCAAACCAGCCAAAGGAGCAGAUAAUCAAAAUAAUGCACAGGCCCAGAAGAGAGAGAUGACAUUGGCAACGCUAGACUUGGCACUUGGUCGAUCUACGCGUGCUUACACUAAUGUUGGCGGAAGCUGUACAUCUGUAAAUGGAGACGGUAGUUCUUGCAGAGGGAAAUGCUGUGUCUCUGACACUUCUUCUGUAUGCACCAAAGAUGCUCCAUGUUGUUCCCAAGACUAUGCCAUUCUGGAUCGUGUAUGCAAAGCCAAACCAGCUACAGCCGAGAAGAGAGAGGAAUCUGGGUCGACUAAUGAGCUGUACAUGAUUCUUAAAAGGCUCUUAGAAUAAAGAUUACACAACUCUAUCGUUCGAGUUGCUGGACCUUUGUUAGAAUGACUAAAGAGCUUCAAUAGGUGGUUCUAAAUAUAUUUGCAUAAUCAAAACAAAUAUUUAUAUGAAAUGUUUUGAUUAUAGGGUUGAUAUACCUAAAUAUUUUGAUCAACAAGUAGAUAGAACUAAUCCACAUGUAUGAUUUGACGUUAUACAUGUAAGCUUUGUAAGAAAUAUAAAGCAAUACAGUAAUAAAGAUAAAUAAUUCUUGUGUUUGUAUUGAAUGUCAUGUUUAGAAAUCUGAAAGAUGCAUGGUUCUAUUCUCGCAUUUGAUCCUUGAUUUUAAGUUCCACACAUGUGCAGCCAAGAGUUUUAUUUCGCUUCUAUAAAAGUUAGUGCGAGGUAUCCGCAUGUUUUUUGAAAUCUUAAUGGGUUCCUUAUUGGAAUCCUAAACUAAGCUAUAUCCAGGUACAUUCCUUAUCGUAAACAUGCUCUACAUCUCUCAGCUUUGUACAAAGUGUGCAUAUAGCCUAGAUUAACAGUUUAGCGCUUAUACCUGUAUACUAGGUGUAUAAAAAAGGAGAAAAUUCAAUAGGACAUUCCAAUUUCUGAAUAUUCUAUCGCUACUUAGGGUAAGCGCCUUACGAUAAGGAGAUUGUUCCUAAUAUUAGGUAGUUUAAGCUUGCAUAUACAAUC